GCCGCGGUCGCCGCCGCCGCUGCUGCUUCGCGGGCGCCUGGCGGGUGUGCCCGGCGCGGCGGGCGAUGCGGGCGGCGGGGCUGCGGGGCUGUGUGUGAGCGCGCCGCCCAUGUGGGUGUCCCGGUGAGGCCGGGGGCAGCGGGAAGAUGCUGCUGUCGCUGGUGCUGCACACCUACUCCAUGCGCUACGUGCUGCCCGCCGCCGUCAUGAUGGGCACGGCGCCCACCUACAUGCUGGCCUGGGGCGCCUGGCGCUUGCUCUCCGCCGUGCUGCCCGCCCGCUUCUACCGCGAGGUGGAUGACCGGCUGUACACCAUCUACCAGAGCAUGGUUCUCUUCUUCUUCGAGAACUACACGGGCGUGCAGGUAAUUAUCUACGGGGAUUUGCCAAAAAAUAAAGAAAAUGUAAUAUAUUUAUCAAAUCAUCAGUGUACAGUUGACUGGAUUAUUGCGGACAUGCUGGCGAUCAGGCAGAACGCGCUCGGGCACGUCCGCUAUGUCCUGAAGGAUGGCUUAAAAUGGCUUCCACUCUACGGCUGGUACUUUUCACAGCAUGGAGGAGUCUAUGUAAAAAGAAGUGCCAAAUUCAAUGAGAAGGAAAUGAGAGAGAAGUUGCAGGCCCAGAUGAAAGCUGAGACUCCAAUGUAUUUAGUGAUUUUUCCAGAAGGGACUCGUUACAAUCCAGAAAUACCAAAAGUCAUUGCGGAUAGUCAAUCAUUUGCUGAAAAGGAAGGACUUGCUAUAUUAAAGCAUGUGCUGACUCCACGGGUGAAGGCGACUCAUGUAGCCAUUGACUCCAUGAAAGAAUAUCUGGAUGCAGUGUAUGAUGUGACUGUGGCUUAUGAAGGUACUGUGGACCACAAAGGGCAAAGAAAACUGGCUCCAUCUAUGACAGAGUUUCUUUGUAAGGAAUGCCCAAGAGUUCAUAUUUUCAUUGACCGAAUUGAUCUGAAGGACAUUCCAGAAGAGCAGAUGUAUAUGAGGAGGUGGCUUCAUGAACGUUUUGAAAUAAAGGAUAAGUUACUAAUAGAAUUUUAUGAUGCAAAGGAUUCUAAAAGAAGAAAUAAGUUCCCUGGGAAAAGUGUUCAUUCCAAACUAAGCCUCAAGAAAACUUUGCCAUCUUUGCUGUUUUUAGGUGGCCUGACUGCUAGUAUGCUUCUGACAGAAUCAGGAAGGAAACUAUAUGUAAAAACAUGGAUAUAUGGAACUUUAAUUGGCUGCCUGUGGGUUAGCAUUAAACCAUAAGCAGAUGUUAGUCUCCAAUCAGUGAAAUGUGCAGUCUUUUCUUGCACAUUACACCAAAUUUUUUCCUGACUUUAUAGAAAAAAAAGUGUAAAUAAAGCCUUAUUGAUCGAAUAUUGGAAAUAAUAGAUUUUGUGAC